CGAUUCGAGCCCCUUUGAUUUUUGGGUGAAAGAUUCAAAGCUACAAAACUUGAAGCCAAUACAAUUGGUUAAAUUAUAUUACAAAACACAUCACAAUGGUUGCGUAUUACUCAAUUUUCGGUAAACAAGUUGCUUCUCACUGGGUGAGUGUUUUUGAUAGUGGUUCUAAAGAGAUUGAAGAAGAAGUUAUUGCUAUUGGUACUUUAUCAGCAGCAGCAGCUGUUGCCGUUGUUCCAGGCUACUUGCCAAAAUCUGAAGCUCCAGCUAAAGCACCAACCCCAGCUCCAGUGCAAACUAAAAAAGAAGAUGAUUUAGAUGUUGAAAAACUAUUAACUGAAUUCUUGAAAGAAGAGGAAACAAAUUAG